AUGGGCCGAUCGGCCUUGACCCGGUCAGGCACCAACACCGUCCUCCUAUUCCUCGCCUACGCGACCAGCCUGUCUGGAAACCUGCUCGAGGCGACUAGCCGGGCGGCCCUGCGCAACACAGCGGCCAAGCUGAUCGCCCUGGCGCUGCAGCUCCCCCCCUCGACCACGCUGUCCCUGUCCACCAGGGCGACGGGCGUGUCCCCCCUCGCCAUACUCGCCCUGCGGCUGUCGGCCCGGCUCAAGGCCGCCGCUGACCUGAUUAGCGAGGUGCGGACCUUCAACCGGAUGUGGAACCUCCUAGAGAUCUACUUUGCCACCAAGUCCUUCGUCCAGUCGCUCCGUGCCGCGCCGUCGUCACCGUCGUCGGACGAGAAGAAUAAUACCAGCAGCUCCAGCAGCAGCAGCAGCAGGGUCCAGAAGGUCUUCGAUACGGCCCUGGCCUUUGCCAUGCUCGCCUCCUUCGCCUCCUUCCAGAUAACAGAGAGUACGGCCCUGCUCGGUUCCCGCAAGGUGCUGCCCAUCAGUCCGGCCACGCAGGACCGCCUGGCCAUGUGGAGCGUGCGCUCGUGGUUCGCCAGUACAGGUCUCGACAUCGUGAGGCUGGUUGUCGAGCGCAGGAGAAAGCUGCGCGCUGCCGAGGAAGCCGCCGCCCAAGACGACGAGGCCACCGCCGCCAAGAGGAGGGACGAGCUCGAGACCUGGUCAGAGCAGUGGCAGGUCGAGUUCUGGCGCACGCUGGCCUGGUUCCCAAUCACCGUGCACUACAGCAUGGGCGGCGGUCUGCUGACCGAGCUGUCCAUCGCCGCUCUGUCAUUCUACCCUGGUAUUUCGCAGCUGAGCGAGGUGUGGCUGUCUACUACUGCGUAG